AUGAACGAUCAAAAAAAUAUUUCAAUCAAUGAAGCUAUCAAGCAAUUUCCACAAGAAUUCAACAAUCGUAUUGGAUUCGAAUUAAAUAGAAUAAACACCAACCUUAGAUUCUCACAUUUCGAGGAACAAAGAGGGAAUAUGUUUUUUUUAAUGUCAAAUUUGAAUGUUUGA